AUGACGUAGCACCGCCCGGGCCUCGGCGACCUGCAAGCGCCUCGCGGGCGGUGCCCGCCACUCAGUCGCGCUGCUCCGCUUUGUCCCGGGCCCGUCCGUCAGCCGGGCCGCCUGCAGCCUCGCGCCGCGCUGGCGUCGUCCUCGUCCCCGCCGGCGCCCCGGCCCGAGCCGGACGGCGAGGCCAUGGACGCGGAGCUCGUGGUGACGCCGCCGGGCUGCGCGCACCUGGGCAGCUUCAAGGUGGACAACUGGAAGCAGAACCUGCGCGCCAUCUACCAAUGCUUCGUGUGGAGCGGCUCGGCGGAGGCCCGCAAGCGCAAGGCGAAGUCGUGCGUCUGUCAUGUGUGUGGCCUCCACCUGAACCGGCUGCACUCCUGCCUGCACUGUGUCUUCUUCGGCUGUUUCACGAAGAAGCACAUUCACGAGCACGCCAAAUCCAAGAGGCACAACCUGGCCAUCGAGCUCAUGUAUGGAGGUAUCUACUGCUUUUUGUGUCAGGACUACAUUUAUGACAAAGACAUAGAAAUCAUUGCCAAAGAGGAGCAGCGGAAAGCUUGGAAGAUGCAAGGUGUCGGGGAGAAGUUUUCCACGUGGGAGCCGACCAAACGGGAGCUUGAGCUGCUGAAACACAACCCCAAGCGGCGGAAGAUCACGUCCAACUGCACCAUCGGUCUGCGCGGCCUCAUCAACCUGGGGAACACGUGCUUCAUGAACUGCAUCGUGCAGGCGCUCACACACACGCCCCUGCUGCGCGACUUCUUCCUGUCCGACCGGCACCGCUGUGAGAUGCAGAGCCCCAGCUCCUGCCUGGUCUGCGAGAUGUCCUCCCUCUUCCAGGAGUUCUACUCGGGGCACCGGUCCCCCCACAUCCCGUACAAGCUGCUGCACCUGGUGUGGACGCACGCCCGGCACCUGGCAGGCUACGAGCAGCAGGACGCACACGAGUUCCUCAUCGCGGCCCUGGACGUCCUGCACCGGCACUGCAAAGGUGAUGAUAACGGGAAGAAGGCCAACAACCCCAACCACUGCAACUGCAUCAUAGACCAGAUCUUCACGGGGGGGCUGCAGUCUGAUGUGACCUGCCAGGUGUGCCACGGGGUCUCCACCACCAUCGACCCCUUCUGGGACAUCAGCCUGGACCUCCCUGGCUCUUCUACCCCCUUCUGGCCUCUGAGCCCUGGAAGCGAGAGCAGUGUGGUAAAUGGGGAGAGCCACGUGUCAGGAACCACGACCCUCACCGACUGCCUGCGGAGAUUUACCAGACCAGAGCACUUAGGAAGCAGUGCCAAGAUCAAAUGUAGCGGUUGCCAUAGCUACCAGGAGUCCACCAAGCAGCUCACCAUGAAAAAGCUGCCCAUUGUGGCCUGCUUCCACCUCAAACGGUUCGAACACUCAGCCAAACUCCGGCGUAAGAUCACCACCUAUGUGUCCUUCCCCCUGGAGCUGGACAUGACCCCCUUCAUGGCCUCCAGCAAAGAGAGCAGGAUGAACGGGCAGUACCAGCAGCCGACAGACAGUCUCAACAACGACAACAAGUACUCGUUGUUUGCGGUGGUCAACCACCAGGGGACCCUGGAGAGUGGCCACUACACCAGCUUCAUCCGACAGCACAAGGACCAGUGGUUCAAAUGUGAUGACGCCAUCAUCACCAAGGCCAGCAUCGCGGACGUGCUGGACAGCGAGGGGUACUUGCUGUUCUACCACAAGCAGUUCCUGGAGUACGAGUAGCCCCGCGGGUGCCCCUACACACCUGGGGACACGCUGGCAGAUGCUUGGCAGGAGGUGGGCCCAGGGGUUGGGGGCAAAGGAGACAGUGCCCGCGUGUCUCCUAUGCCCCUUGGACUGCCAGCGGCUCCAGCCUGGGGGCUCAGAGCGGGCCGAGGAGAGACACGGGCCUCGCGAUCUCUUUCUCCGUGAAUUUGGGGUCUUGAGUGUGCGUAGCGUGGAUCCAGGGCCCGGAGCCUGUGGAGCUGACAGCCCUGUGCGGCCUCCGGCUCGCCUGUCCUGCAGACGCCAGCGUUGUCCUGCAUGCGGAAGGACCUCCCCGUUUUCUAGAAAUAGGCGUUUUCUUAUUCUCCCUUUUACUCUUUUCCAUGAUCGUGAAUUUCAUGAAUGCAGUGAUAGUAAUGUAAACGAAUUACCGAGUUCAGACUGAACCUUAGAUCGUUUUCCCUUGAUUCUGGAGAGUGGGUCUUGCUUCUUCACUGGUGCUGCUUUUGUUGCCCCCACCCCUUAUCCCCAGGGACCUCCGUGUCCGUGUCAGACCCGCGGGUGAGGAGUGGGCUGGGCAGGGAGUGGUCUCCGUCUUCAAGUAACUCAAGUGUGUCUGGUGGUUUCACUGUUUCUCUCCUUGUGUUUCCUUCCUGGCCACCUGGCCCACAAGCUCUCCCAGUCGCUGCUGGGCAGCGGACGUGUUGGAUGGCGUGGGGGGGGGCCUUGCAGAGAUGGGGGGUGUUGCUCUGUUCCAUGCUGGGGGUCUCUGCUUUCCGUUCUGCUUGUUUCUGUUGCAGCAGGAAAGACGGCCGGGACAGAGCCAGUGGGAUGGGCUGAAGGAGCAGAUGCACCCAUCUGUCCACACCCUGACUUAGAUUGUCCAUUCUGAGAGAGUCCAACCUGGAGACGGGGACAAGCGCAUCUGCCCUGAACUGUGAGGUCUACUUCGUGGAGAGGAACACAUCCCCCUGCAGCGAGGUCCGCGGACUUUCCGCAGAGGGCCAGGUGGUCAGUGCUCCCGGCUUGUGGGCCCUGUGGUCUCUUUGACAGCUAACACAUAGACAGAUGUAGCUGUGUUGUGGAGAACUUUACAUGAGCAUGGAAGUGUGAACAUCACAUACUUUCCCCAUGUUACAGCGUGUUAACUUUUUUCACUCUGUAAAGGUGUGCGCAUAGUUCUCAGCCAACAGGCAGUGGACUGGGUCCAGCUCAUCAGCUGCUUAGGUCCAGGAGUGGCGUGGUUGCCAUGCAGGGUGAAGGUGCUGGCUAGGGUUCCUAGGCCAGGUCAUCAUACCCGGUGGAUACGGCCCAAGCGCCUGCCAGGGUCACUCAGUUGUGUUUCUGUAUUUUAGAAACACAAGUUGUUAAGCUUAUUUUGAAACAGCCAUGAGCAUCGUCAGACAUGCGGGUGGGCACCUGUACUCAGAAACCACCCUGCGUGGCCCGUGCACUAUGCCUGCUCUGAGGGCCCUGGGCUGGAGGUGACUAUGGAGCUCUGGGCCCGGGUCCUCCGUGUUAAGUGGGAACAGAGUGGACAUUCUGGCUUUCUGUCGGAUCAGUCUGUCCCUCCCUGCACUCCUUCUGGGCCCUGCACUCAUGUCCAUAGCUCCUGGAUGGGGAGACAGUGAAGCCAGGUUUCUCUUUUCUAAAUGUUAUUUUUGAAUUUUUGUAUCUGGAUUAAUGCUAUUUACUCCCUCUGGCCUGGUGUUUUGAGCACUUAGCUGUGUGUCUGCUGACGAGAUCACCCCCUGACUGGAAGAGCCACGUGGGGUGGAGGCGGGGUGGGCGUGACGCUUCGGCUGUGCCGAGGUCCUGCCGUGAUGUCAGGAACAGAGGCUGCGUUUGGGAGUCCUUUCUCUCGGCUCCCAAUGCAACUGCUGGAAAGUUUCCCGUUUCUCACAACCACUCGCGUCGACAUCCAGACCACGGAGGACUCCUGGGCGACCCCUCCCCCUGCACUUGUGUAUCAAAGUGACUGUGUCUCUGAGACACCGGCCGCUGUGUUGACGCGUCACGGGGAGGCGGCGGCGCGCUCUGGGGUGUCCUGAGUUGGGGGGUGGGGGCCCUCCUGCCUGCACCAGAGCGCCCGUGACUCGCCCUUCUGCAGUGUGUACACUCGUGCUAUCGUAGCUUGCUCGGUGUAGAUGCUCCUGUCGUAUAAAAUUGCCGUUCUUUUGACAGUUCAGGUAACUGAUUUGCUAUAACUCUGACAACAAAAUCAUAAGAACAAGAUGCCAGUGAUCGUGCUGUGGAUUUUACCAUGGGGAUGUCUCCAUGUCCCUUUCCUUGCUGUUCUGAGGGACUGUUUGGCUCCUCUCCUCCCUAAUGGCUUGUAGUCUUUCCUGUGUCGUAAUAAAGCUACAUUUUAUUCUGAAAA